UCACAUGCUUCAAAAUGGCGGACGCCAGAGGUUGUUUCGUAACGCUGUUCCUGCUUUGUGUUUGUGCAAAUGCACAAUACCAGCCGAAUUGGGCUUCGAUAGAUUCCCGGCCUCUACCAGCUUGGUAUGAUGAAGCCAAACUGGGAAUAUUCAUUCACUGGGGAGUUUUCUCCGUGCCCAGCUUCUCCUCGGAAUGGUUCUGGUGGAACUGGAAGGGCGGCCAGAGCACCCCGGGUGUCAGGUUCUUCAUGCAGCAGAACUAUCGACCUGGUUUCACGUAUGCUGAUUUCGCUGCAUUGUUCACAGCGGAAUUCUUCAACGCCGAGGACUGGGCUGACACAUUUGCUGCAUCAGGCGCACAGUACAUAGUAUUUACAAGCAAGCAUCAUGAAGGUUUCUGUAAUUGGCCUUCAAAGGCAUCAUUUAACUGGAACUCUAUGGAUGUCGGACCCAAGAGGGAUAUUGUUGGGGAACUUGCAACAGCCAUCAGAAACAAGACGAAGCUGCACUUCGGCCUGUACCACUCCAUGUUUGAGUGGUUUCACCCCCUGUACCUCAGCGACAAGGCGAACAACUUCACCACCCAGGACUUUGUGAAGGACAAGACAAUGCCGGAGCUGUAUGAGCUGAUCAACACGUACCAGCCCGAUGUCAUCUGGUCGGACGGAGACUGGGAGGCUCCUGAUGUCUACUGGAACUCCACCCAGUUCCUAGCCUGGCUUUACAACGAGAGUCCAGUAAAAGACACCGUUGUCACAAACGACAGAUGGGGAAAAGGUAUCGCGUGUCAUCAUGGGGGCUUCCUCACCUGCAGUGACAGGUAUAAUCCAGGUGUCCUCCAAAAGAGAAAAUUUGAAAAUGCCAUGACGGUUGAUAAAUAUUCAUGGGGAUAUCGACGUAAUGCAAGAAUUACAGACUUCCUGAGCAUGGAGGAACUCCUGGGUACUUUCAUCCAGACUGUCAGCUGUGGAGGAAACAUGCUGAUGAAUGUUGGACCCACCAAAGACGGCCUCAUCAUCCCGCUAUUCCAGGAACGUCUCCUGAAUAUGGGCGAGUGGCUGAAUGUCAACGGUGAUGCCAUCUACAGUACACGCCCCUGGACAUUCCAGAACGACUCCCUCACUAACAAUACAUGGUACACCUCGAAAGUAACACCCAGCGGGCGGAAUGUGUACGCCAUCAUCCUUGAUUGGCCCAAAGGGGAUACACUGAGCCUUGGACGACCUUUGACCACCGUGGCAACGACAGUGAGCAUGCUGGGAUAUCCAGGAAACUUCAACUGGAAGGAGAGAAGCACUGGAGGCAUGGACAUUGAGAUUCCAGCCAUCCCCAUCAACAAGAUGCCCUGCAAAUAUGCCUGGGUGUUCCAGUUGACUGGCAUUGGGAACUGACCAACUGCGACGUAGUAGUUAGAUUUGAGGCUUGUUACAAUAACUUUCGUGUUUCUCAUGCCACCCACUCUUAAUAUGUGACCACCAGGAGAAAGGGGACCUUAGGGGUUCUUGGAUGCAACAGUGCUGUGAUGGCAUAAAGAUGUUUGACAGCAACUUACUUCAGUGAAGAUAGAUUGUGUGAUGUCAUGUAUCUCUGAAAUACAUAUGAAUUGAUGCUUGUGAAUUGUAUUUUUAUCUACCGAAAUACUGUAGUUUUUAAAUAUGAAAAGUCAAAAUGUGAUUUUUCACCCAUAAGGUACCGUAUCUCAUGGUUGCUCACAUUUUUUUAUUUUAAGAACAUCUGAAAUUUGUUUUUGCACUGGAUUUUGACAUUUUACAGGUCAUGCCGGUGUGAGCUCCGGGCCAUGUCCUCCCUCCCUAAUAAGUCAGUGUGGACGCAAGUCAUGAGAAACACAAAUAUUUGUUUAACUGGCCUAAGCAGCAAUGUGAUCCUUCAGUAUGUUUAUAUAUAUAUAUAUAUAUAUAUAUUAAUAUAUAUAUAUACACUCACAAGGUAGAACUCAUAAAUUCGUUGAUGAUUUUCCAAUCAGAGUCCCACAGGGCCACAGAUCUCAAACUAUAUCCAAACUGGAUAGAUUGAAAAAAAAUAUUUGAAUUUGUGUGAAACUUAACAGCUGGCGUGUGUGCGUGUGUGUGGUAUUAUUAUUAUUAUUACUAUUAUUAUUAUCAUUGCAUAAGGUUUGGCACCUGGAACUCAAUACCUGGUGAUGGUGCCAUGAGGUACUCAUGCUGUCUUUUGAUACAAGGAAGUGCUUUUAAAUAAUAGUUCCAACGUGCAAUACUCCUGAUGGGGAACUGCCGCUUGAAGCCUGAGUACACAGUGUGUAUUGAAGUCUAAGGUCGUAACUAAAGUCACUGUUUAUCUGUCUGAUUGUGGACAGCAUUUGGGGCAUCAGGGUAGCCUAUGUGUCAGUCAGCAUCUUGGUCCAACACAACUGAAAAGGGAAAUAUAAAGAACAAACAUCAUGAUCACUUUUAAAGAAUAUAUCAAAAUAUUAUUUUUAUGAUAUCUUUUGAAUUUAAAUUUAUUUAUUUUUUAUUAUUAAGACAUGACGUGCAGAAGAAUUUUGAAGGAAUUUAUAAGAAACUUCCUGUCCACUAUCUAAAACUAAUUUCUGGUCUGGUACCAGUAGGCAUGAUGUAUUGAGUCUGGCCAUGGUAAUUCUGUAGAGGGACGUACAAUUACUUCAGAUAUGUCAGUUCCAUGUACAUGUCUUGACAUAUUGUGGACUCAUUGUACAUAUGUCAUUGUACGUGCAGUGCAUUUGUGAAUCUUGUGUCUUACUCUUGCUUUCCUCACAGUCUGUACUAUAACAUGUUUGUCCUGUCUGUACUGUAACAUGUUUAUCCUGUCUGUACUGUAACAUAUUCAUCAUGUCUGUACUAUAACAUGUUUAUCAUGUCUGUACUAUAUAACAUGUUUAUCAUGUCUGUACUAUAUAACAUGUUUAUCAUGUAUGUACUAUAUAACAUGUUUAUCAUGUCUGUACUAUAUAACAUGUUUAUCAUGUAUGUACUAUAUAACAUGUUUAUAUUGUCUGUUCUAUAUAACAUGUUUAUCAUGUCUGUACUAUAUAACAUGUUUAUCAUGGUGAUGCACAUUGUUUAUCUUCAAGCUUGAUUAUGAUCAUGAAUAAAAUGUAACAAUUAUUUUCAUAACAAAUAAAUGAACAAGACUUUGACAUGAAUUCAGUCUUUCAAAUAAACAUUUUGACAUAUUGUC